AAAGACAAAACGUAUUGCUUUAAAUAGACAGGCAAGAGUAGUACACAAGGAUGCAUAUAUAGAUGGUUACAGCUGCGUACACUCUGUCAGUUCACACUUUUAAAUAAACUCUCGAUCUCCCCUCUUCACUUUGAGAAACUGUUACAGACGUAUGCUAGACAAUGUCCGUAAGAGAACCGCGGCGGACGACUACUAUACUGCAAGGCGUGUGGUAGGGGUACGGAUCUGUCAUGGCUGACGUUCAGUGGGAGAGUAGUUUUAGUCAGACCGCAUCAGCGAGCGGUACGUGGUGUGUUUAGUAGUGAAAAAAACAUGGGGCACGAUAAUGGGCAAACGGUUAAGCGAAGAAGGCGUUAGCGAACUCUCGGUCCUAGUAGAGGACGAUAUAUGCGAGAGGUCCGCGACGAUGGAGUCACGAGCACGGAGGACUCGGUUACGUAGCGUUGUAGGGAUAUGUUUGUUUCUCGCGCUCACGGGCAUCAUUUAUCUCGGUUACUUCUGUCCGGAUCACGUAUGUGCUCUGACAAGUCGCGAGAUCAAGGAGUCCGUAAGAUUGUCUGAGGGUCUAUCCGCUGGUCCCGGCUCCGGUUUGUCUUCCGUCUCCGUCGAAUUCGACAAAAAUGGCCUGCUCUCGGUACAUCCUGCUUUUAGAUUGCAGAGUAUUCAGGGGAGCCUUGGUUACGACGAUAUGUUUACCAAUGAUACCUUCCAAUUUGACAUCAAUGGUCACGAUGUCAUCGUUUUCUUACAUAUUCAGAAGACUGGGGGUACAUUAUUUGGGAAACAUUUAGUUCGAGAUCUGGAUCUGCAAAGACCAUGUUCUUGUCAAAGAAAGCGCAAGCGUUGUUUUUGUUUCCGUCCAAAUCGCAAUGAAAAUUGGCUUUUUUCACGAUAUUCCACUGGUUGGAAAUGCGGUCUACAUGCUGACUGGACAGAAUUGACUAGUUGCGUUGAUACUGAGUUAAAUAAAAUUGAAGGGGAUGGGAUAAAACGUAGAUAUUUCUAUAUAACUAUAAUAAGGGAUCCUGUUGCACGGUAUUUGUCUGAGUUUAGACAUGUACAACGAGGUGCAACAUGGAGAGGAGCUCGUCAUUGGUGUGGAGGAACCCAAGCAAAUAUACCACAAUGUUAUCCUGGAUCUAGUUGGCAAGGGGUUUCUUUAGAGCAGUUUAUGGCGUGUCCAUAUAAUUUGGCAAGCAACCGUCAAACAAGAAUGUUGGCUGAUCUAUCAAUUGUUGGUUGUUACAAUUCUACGCUCAGCAGCUUGGAGAGAGACCGUCUCAUGUUGGCUAGCGCUAAGCACAAUUUGCAAUUCAUGCCUUUCUUCAUGUUGACUGAAUACCAAAAAGUGGGACAAUAUUCCUUUGAAGAAACAUUUGGAAUGAGAUUUGCCGUUGCGUUUGAACAACAUAACGCGACCUUCAGCGCUACAACAAUGGCUACUUUAAGCGCGGAACAGUUAGAUGCUGUGCGUAGAUUAAACAGACUAGAUCUGGAACUUUAUGAUUUCGCAAAGAAUCUUGCGUUUCAAAGGUUCAAACGACUUAGAGAUCGCGACCCAUACUUUGUACAACGAUUUCAACACCUUGGAGAAUUACCUUCUAGGCAAAGUGCAACGGAAUUCAAUUGGGAUUCUGUCAUAGAAGAUACUACAGAUGUUGAAUGAUAUGGCAUCGUAUCCUGUAGACUUUUCUGACGAGGGAAUCACGGAACAGAACUGUCGAAGUAGUUUGUAAUUACAUUCGAUCGAGAAAAUGUUCGUCGAGAAGAUUAAAAUUCGUGUUGAACAGUGUUAUUUAACAGUUUAACUGGUCACAAAGGUAAUUUUAUUUUAAUAAACAUUUCUUUUGUUAAAAUUAUUUUAUACUAAUUCAUAGCCUAUAUACAAAAAUUGAGUAUCAAAUUUACUUAAUACAUUUUUCGUCAGAAAUUCAUAAUCGUUACGUUGAAAAUCAAAAGUAAAUUGCAUUAAGUAUAUACGAUCGUGUGCUUAUUUGAUGUAUUAGAAUUACACGUGCAAUAAGACUCAAUGGGUUACCAUUAUAAAUAUUUCAUAUUAUCCAGUCAUGAAAUAAAUGUAAUAUAACCUAUAUAUAUUAGAUAUAUUAAGUAGUUGCAAAUGCAAAUGCUCUCUAGCCGCGUAUUCAGUUGCGCAAAUGAUUCACGAAUAUUUACGAACCUCUUCAGCAGUUGAAUGAGAUACAAAAUACAAACAAACAAACGAAAAUAUUCACGAGUGCUUAUGAAUAUUGUCGAUAUUCUAAAUAAAAUUUCUUCAUAUUUGCGCUUAUUGGAAUCAAAAGAAUACCGUGUAUAAAUAUGUUCGUUAAAUGAUGUAAAUGAUCGUUAUAAUUGUUCAA